AAUUUCAGCAGGAAGCGAGAUCCGGACACUAUAUCACUCACCGUGCUGUGCACUGUCACUUGCAGCAUUGAAGAUCUUCCUGAGGUCACUGGUGCUGCGAUAGUCAAUGGAGUCCAAAUCGUUUAUUUUGACAGUGAUAUCUGGUGGUGCGUCCCCAGGCAGCAGUUCAUGGCCAAAUAUUUGGACAAGAAAUUCUGGGACUGUGUCACAGAUCUGGCACUGUCACAUUUAGACCGGGCAAAGGAGUAUCUGAAUAACAUAAAGAAGAUGUCAAACCAGACAUCCGGAAUUCACAUUUUCCAAUUGAUCAUGAUUGUUAAUGUCACUGAAGACGGCUCCAUUAAGAGAUCAAUGCAGUUUGGAUACAAUGGAAAGGAUUAUAUUAGUUUAGAGCCAGACAGAAUGAGAUGGGAGACAACCAAUCACCUUGCAGUGUGGGUUAAAGAGAAAUGGAAUUCCGAUGAAUCCUGGAACGAUUAUUGGAAAAGACGUCUAGAAGAAAGCUUUGCUAAUUAUUUGCUGUUGCAUUUCCAGACUGGAAAGGAAUGUUUCCUAAGGAAAGUUCAGCCUGAAGUGUUCAUCUCCAGAAGUGACCCCAAUAGUCAGUACAAGCCACUCACUCUCUCCUGCCUGGUUACUGGGUUUUAUCCUGUAGACAUUGAGGUGAGCUGGCUAAGGAAUGGAGAGGUAAUGUCUGAGACACUAUCCUUGGGGGUUCGGCCCAACCACGAUGGGACCCAUCAGAUCCAGAAAGAGAUUGAAAUAAAUGCUGGGGAUGAGGAUCAAUACUCCUGUCAAAUUGAACACAGCAGCCUGGCAGAGACCCAGCUCUAUCAGUGGGAAAUCCCAGAAAACAGUAUAGAAACAUCCCAUCUUGGAAUGAUAAUUGGAUUAGUCACUGCACCGGCUGCUCUACUUCUACUAAUUGGAAUAAUCAUCUGGAAAAGGCAAGAGAGAGAUUCACCAAGUAUGACCUACACAACAGCUCAGAGUAAGUGACUGAGGGACAGAUUGUUGGGAAUAAAAUACAUUUACAUUUUCUGCACAUUUCACACUUUAUGAAAAGCCUGUUUUUCAAAUGAUGUUUAAAGGCGAAUAACUUUUUCUCAAAAGUUAUCUGGUGUAAUUUAAAUUAUUCAAACAAGAUUGAUGUGAUUUUAAAAAAAAUAGAAACUUGGAGCAGGAGAAGGCCAUUCGGCCCUUCAAGCUUGCUGCACCAUUCAAUAU